AAUCAGUCAAAUCAUUUAACAGCUCUCAGCUAUCAACUUCACGUGAAGUCGACUACACCUGAGUUUUCACCUAAGAAGAAAAGACUCUUUGAAAGAUUUCUUUGUCAUUGUCAGUCAUUAAUUCUUUCAUUGUAAAGUAGACUAUUAGAAAAUCGUGAUAUUUUUCAGCCAUAUAUCCCUAUCAGAGAAACUAGCUAAUGAUGAACUUGUAUAUAUACACCCGAAAUGGAAGCUGAAUUCUUCACACACCCAUCCCUCAAACCAUGAAAAAUUUUUUCUUGUCCUUGUCAGUCAUUAAUUUUUUCAUUGCAAAGUAGACUAUUAGAAAAUUGUGAUAUUUUUCAGCCAUAUAAACUCUAUCAAAAAAACUAGCUAACAGGAUACUGUGAUGAACUUGUAUAUAUAAACCCGCAAUGGAAGCUGAAUUCUUCACACACCCAUCCCUCAAACCAUUUUAAGACAUUGCUUGCGUCCAGCAAUAAUGGCUUUAGUCAUGAAAUUACGUGUUGCCAUCUUCCUUUUCCUCUGAACUUGCAUAUCUCGUGCCAAGUCUUUUCGUCCAAUCUAUGAUGAGUCAUCUAUUGUCCAGAAACAUGAACAAUGGAUGAACUUGUACGGCCGGACCUACAAAGACAAUGAAGAAAAAACCAAACGACAAGAGAUAUUCAAGCAUAACUUAGAGUUUAUAGAGAGGUUCAAUAAAGAAGGAAACAAGAGUUUCAAGUUGAGCCUAAACCCUUUUGCUGACUUAAGCCAUGAAGAAUUUUUUGCCUCUCACACUGGAGCUAUCCACCACCACAACAAACAACCUCAUCGGAACGUCAGCAACAGCGGAUUUGAUUACAACAUGAUGAGUGCUAAUAACAUUGAGCCUAGCUUGGAUUGGAGAGAGAAAGGAGCUGUCAACGACAGAAAGUACCAGGGGCAGUUUUGCGAGAGUUGUUGGGUUUUUUCUGCGGUGGCAUCAGUUGAAGGAAUUAUCAAAAUCCAAACGGAAAACUUGCCUUCAUUGUCUGAGCAACAAUUGGUAGACUGCGCUACCGUCACCAACAACGGUUGCGGCGGAUACUACGUAGACAAAGCAUUUGAAUAUAUAGAAAAUCAAGGUCUUAGCAGCGAAACAGAUUACCCAUACACGGCCAAAGAUGGGAUGUGUGACGCACAAAAUAUGAAUCCUGUGGCCAGGAUCAGUGGUUACUCCGAUAUAACUCCAAACAAUGAGCAAGAAAUGCUGAGGGUAGUGAAUACCCAACCUAUCUCAGUAUCAGUUGAAGCUAGUGGACAAGCAUUUCAGUUUUACUCUCAGGGUGUUUUCAAUGGUGAAUGUGGGUAUAAUCUUAAAUUACUAGCUAGUUAA